AUGACAGCAGGAGCAGUUUCAGUGCCACUCAUCAUUCCUAUCAUCCACCUGACACACAGAGCCAAGAACCACAUUGACACCAACACACCUGUCUCCAUCCAGUCAGACACCCCUGAGGUUCUGAUCUUCUUCACUCUGGACGGGUCCAAGCCGGCGGCGGGGUCACAGGGGUCAGCGGGCGGCAGCAGGAAGUACAGCGGGCCGAUCCUGCUGCCUGCUGGUCGAGUGGCUGUCAGAGCCGUAGCCGUCACUAGAGACGGUAGAGACAGCUCCACAGUGACGAAGGUUUUCUCGGUUGAACUUGUGGAUUCAAACAGGAAGGAGGACGAGGAGAACUUCCUGCAGAACGACAAACAGCGUCCUUCUGAAGGAACCUUGAACUCUGCUGAUUCUUCACUGAGGCCCUCAGAGCCUCGUUUUCUGACCCGUCGACUGGGCUCUGCGACCCAACCACCACCAUGGGGUUCCUCCCAACGUUCCCAGAGUUCAGGUGUGACGAAGCAGCUGAGCAGCACGCAGACGUCCCGGAUCCACAGAGAGACCGACUUCCUGAGGUGUGGUCAGUGUCUGAGUGCCCGUCCUUCAGACCCUUUCUCUGGGUUCUGUGCUCAGUGUGGCUCCUCCCUCCCCCCCCUACCUGAGCAGAAACUGCCCCCUGCUGAGGGAGGACAGAUGCUUUGCUGUGUGUUCUGUAAGUCUCUGGUUCCUGUGAACACUCAGACCUGUUUAAUCUGUGAGGCCUCCAUCCAUCAACAACUACAACCACAGUCCAGCCUCACACUGCAGGAGCAUGUGGUGUGUGUUUGCUGUGGCAGCGGGAAUCCAGCUCACGUCUUCAGCUGUUUGACCUGUGAGAGCCGUGUACAGCCGGAUGGCGCCCCCUCAGCAGACAGCAGGAUUUUGAGCUGCUCCAGGUGUAACCGGUGUAACCGCGGUGACGCCAGGUUCUGUGACUGGUGCGGCUCAAAGCCCGGUCAUGGAGCCAGCUGUGUGGUUUGUUGGCGAUGCGGUGCGAACGGACACCCGUACGCCUUCUACUGCGCAGCCUGCGGCACCUUCCUGGAAGCCCCGCCCCAGCCCCCACCCAACCGUGACAUCACACGACUUGUCAGGGGCGCCGCCAUCAACCAGGCUUCAGCUCCAAUUUCCAAUGAUGCCACCUGGCAAGCCACGCCCUCCUCCAGACCCGCUCCCAGCACGAAGUUAGCCACACCCACUGCUGAGCAGUUCACUCAGACUGUUGGACUCUAUUACCCAUCAGGCACUGAGCUUCAGAGGAAGGAAACACAGAGGAAGCUUCAACUCAGCAAGCAGCAGGCAACCAGAGAUUGCCAACCGCUACUGACCGCCAUCAGCCCUGGUCGAGGUUUCUGGAGGAAGAAGCUGGAUCACCUGUGUGCUCACCUGAGGAGUUACGCUCAAAACAACGCCCCCUCAGGACUCUGCUGGGAGAGACCUCGUCUGGGCCGGAUGGUUUCUGCUGUGAUUCAGGAAGAUCGUUAUGAAGUCAGUGUGACCGUCAGCUUGGUGUCGGCCGGGGCGAGAAGAACAUCAGGGGGAUCCAAACAGGUGACAGCGUUAGACCUGCAGGUCGGACUGAGACUCUGAGCAGCGUGACGGAGCGAUGUGCUGAUAGCCGCCUCAGAAGUGAUCCUCCCAAACCGAACCCGACUCCCAAACCGAACCCGACUCCCAAACCGAACCCGACUCCCAAACCUCCGGUGAGAGACGCACAGUUGUUGAAGGAGCUGGGUCCGGGUCAGGUUUAGGUCAGAUCAGCGUAAUCCAGCAGCUCCUGGAUCAGGGGGCUGGACCCCUCUUGCUGCAACAGCAAUGGCCAACACGCUUUGGCGGUUGCUUUGGUGAACGGUCACCAUGACGUACUUCCUGUUUUAGUGCAGCGCGGAGCCGACGUGGGACCAGCAGUCUGGACGGUGAGAGGAACCACAUGGCCGAGACCCGAGGUCCACACCGGAACCAGAACCUCCAAGAAACCAGUUUGGAGACGAGUGUUCCGUAGAUAUGUCUCCGUGGAUGAAGAACACUGCUCUGCAUGAAGCUGCAGCUCUGGGCUCUGAAGGCCUGAAGGGUGCUCAGGUCUUGCUCAGCUGCCGGGCCGGUGUCAGGCGGCGGAACGGCGGCGGUCAGACGGCGUACGACGUGGCGGUGAACUCCGGAUGCAACGACAUGGUGACUCUGCUGGCAGCUCGGGCCGGACUGGACCUGCUGGGCGAACUGGGAAAACCCAAAGAGAACCGUGAUGCUUCCUGACCGCCUCCACUGGUUUCCUCUGGUCCCAUCGGGUCCACUGGCUUCCUCUGGUCCACUGGUCCACUGGUUUCCUCUGGUUUCCUCUGGUCCAUGCGUUUCCUCUGGUCCAUGUGUUGCAACACGAGUAGUCCUUGAACACGAGUAGUCCUUGAACACCAUUUCUAAUGGAGCCCUUUUUUAAAUCUAUAAAUAAGAUUAAAUGACGUAUUCUGUGAUUAAACUCACAGAAUACUCGUUUGUAUACUUCUAGUAUACGUAGUACUCUUACUAAUAUAAUGGUGAACUUGUUAACAGGAUACUGAAGCGUG